UUAGCUCAAUCACCGAGUUUAGGGCUUUUCUCGGCAUCCUCCUGCGCCAAUGGCGAUGCUAGUCUGGGAUAUCUGGAGUACCGUCACGUGGCCGGGAUAUCCCGCAAUGGAGGAGAUGCUCGCGCGGCGUUUCCCCUGAGCCGGUGGAAGUCUUAGCGCGCCUGGUGCCCUGGGGUGCGAGAGUUAUACCAAUCUCAGGGAGGAGAGAUGAGAUUGCCGGCGACGCUCUUAUCCCGAUGGAGUCGGUCCCAAUAUCUUGGCUCGGCCAUCGGAAGAGAUGCCUGCAUUAGGGUCUUUAAAAAAGAUCUUUUCUUGAUGGGAAGUUCCAGAGAAAGGAGCUGUCUUGGGUAUCAUCUCAAUCGGUUUUCCAGCUUAGCUUCUUCGAGAUUGAUGAAUUACCGGUUCUUGAUUGCUCCUUCUCGGAGAUAUAUCGUGUGCAUCCCAUUUGUGGGUAAUGAUUUCUUACCUUCUGCUACCAUCGAGUACAAGUUUUGUCCUCCACAUAGGAAUUCGCGGUCAAUUAUGACGGGGGUUUCUGUCGGUGAAGAAGAGGUGACCAGGGCUUUUGAACUUUUUCUUUCCACCGAGAAGGAUGAGACUCUCUCUACUAAGGAAAUAUGUAGUAUUUACAUUGAGAGGCUCUGUAGAUCAGGCAAACUAUCAGAUGCUGUUUGUUUGUUGAGGCUUUUGCAUGGUAGACAGGUACAUCUGGGCCUCAAUAUUUAUAACAUUCUCCUGAGUGCAGCAGGCGAUGCAAACAAUUUUAAUAUUUUUUCUGAGAUCUUCAAGAAUUUGCUACUUUCUAGUCUGCCUCCUGAUUUAACUUCAUAUGUCAAUGUUGCAAAGGCUUUCCAGAAGGUGGCUGACUCAGGUCUGGUACUCAAGUUUGUCAGAGAAGUAUCAGAAAUUACUAUUCACAGAGAUCCAACUGUCAUAAAUAGGAUGAUUUUCGUUACUGCUAGGUCUGGGCAGAUUAAUAAAAGCAUGAUGAUAUUUGAAGAUCUGAAAAAUCUGAACUGUAAGAUGGAUAAAGUUACAUUCAACACAGUUUUAGGGAUAUUAGGUAAGGCAGGUCAAGUGGAUCAAAUGCUAUCUGUGUUUACAUCAAUGAAAGAUUGCGGUCAUACUCCCGAUAUUGUUACAUACAACACAUUAGUCAACUGUCUACGGAGACUUGGUAGAUUAGAUUUGUGCAGAACUUUUGCAAGGGAAAUGGUCGAGAAUGGAAUUCAGCUGGAUCUGCAAACUUACACUGCACUAAUCGAUGGGUUUGGACGGACAGGGCAUGCUGAAGAUGCACUCAACAUAUUCCAUGAGAUGAAAAAAUCACUCCAUCCUUCAAUAUAUGUCUACCGUGCACUCAUUAAUAAUCUAAAGAAGGCUGGGAAAUUUGAAUGUGCACUGAAUUUAUAUGCGGAGAUGAACUCAAGCACUUCAAAGCUUGUUGGUCCUGAAGAUUUCAGACGAAAAAGGCAGACAAGAAGGCAUAUCAAGCAAGUGGAAACAGGGGAAUCAUGAUCUUUGGUUGCUAAAACUUUCAAUUUUUAAUUGCACUUGCUUAUUUAUGUGCCAUUGGCAUCACAGCUGAGAAUUUUCUCAACAGGAGUAUGUCCUCUCUUUUUUAUGGGUCCUAUGGACUGCAUAACAAUAAAACUUUUGAGUGAUGAAAGGUGCACGGUCAAGGCAGCACAACAAAAAGCAGAUUGCUGCUUGAGUUCUCAAUUUCAGGACAAGUGUUAGCGAGUUAAUGGAAAAUGGAUAUCAGCAAGGAUUCACAAAGAAAUGUUUUCUAGAGAGAAGGAAAUUGUCUCGAUGAUGCAGUUUUAAAGUUACCGAGUUUAAGGGGGCUCUCGUAGAAAGAGUGAUAUACUGAAGUCAGGAUGGUUCUCUUGAAGGUUUCAGCGGCAUUGAUUGGUCUUGUACACUAACUGGAAAUUUGAUCUAAUUUAUGAGUAAAACUAUUGCGGCUUGAAGGCAAAUCAAGUUCUAAAAGAACAAUGAUUGAAUGUAUACAGAAUUGGAAAACCUGUUGAAUAAACUUGGUGGUCAUGUGCAUAUGCAAUUAUGGGCCAGUAUUAGAUACAACAACGGGACACAAGCAUAUACUUUGUUCCAGCUGUCUCCCAGACACUAAUGUUGGUGAGUCUAGAAGGGCAGAAUUUCCUUGUAAAGCUGUAGAAGUUAUUGUAUACCAUAAAAGAAUUCCUGCUUGCCAUGAUUUGCCACUCAAGAAGCACCGUUUCAAGGACUGAACCAUUUGCCAUGCAACAAGACAUGAAGCUGCACACCCCACCCCCCUAUGAAGGUUUAAAAGCUAUAUUAUUAGGAUGCCUGAGCACUGAUUGUAAAUGAUUCCACAGCCACUGGUGGGGAGCUCUUGAAAAUAGCUAUUAUUGAAUGACUGGACCAAGUUAUUGUUGAGGGCUCUAGAUUUUGCUCUAGAUUUUUAGUACUCAGCUGCAUGGAUUUAUGAUCUCCCAUCUGAGAAGCUGAACAUCGUGCAGAGCGGUUGGCUAAUUCUGAAGAUACGCAUCACAAUAUGCUAAACCAGAAUGGAAGAAAACACCCACUUGAUCUAUGUGUAUUAUAGACUCUCAUUUUUUCUUUUUUUUCUUUCUUUUUUCUUUUCUUUUUUGGGCUAAGGCGGGCAUGUCAAACUACACGAAUCCGAACACACCCAACAAAGUCAGUAAAUAAAACAUCACGGAAUGUUCUAGG